CACGUGGCAGCGACUUCCACUCCAGCUACUGGUCAUCGGCUGGCUCUACCUGUAGCCAGAAUGACGCCUUCGCUUCCGAUAUAUCGAAGAUAGACAUCGCAUUUCGCGGCUUCUAUUUUCUCGUAUUUUGCGGAUUGUCCAGUAUUGCUGUCCGGCGCUUUCUGACCAGCAAAACAAAGCGCACCACAUUCAGGCGAUGGCUCCUGUUCGGUGUCUCUAUCUAUUUCAUGAUAAUUGCAAUGGCCAUAUCCAUUGUCAUGACGACUCUCUCAGAAUGUGGAAUCGUUUCUCAGACAAUUUUUUAUCGCACCACCAUCUCGGUCGAUUGGCUUGAUAGCUUGGGAGAGUACGCUCUCUUCGCGAUAAUCCUGCUUCCAAUCUGCCGACGUCUUCACCAGCAAGCCAGGAAUGCCAACAAAUUGAUCCUCGUUACUCACUCGAUAUGUCUUACACUGCUGGGAAUUCUUCUCAUCGCCGCCGUGGCUCUCGAGACUACGAUCUUGAACGGACUUUACGGCUCUGACCCGGAUUACACCGUCUAUAGCCUGCUGAACCCUGAACGAGGCCUUCGCACCGCAUUGUAUGCUUUCGAAGUGGUUGCGAUGCUGAUAGCAUCAGCUAGCAUGAUUAUGGCCUUGCGCCAAGCACCGCAUCUACGAAAGGGGACACUAGGAUCGCUUCUCGCAGUCCUCAUCAUCUGUUGCCUCGGAUUACCUCUGACCAGUCUAGCUGGCUAUGUCGACUCUACCUAUCGGGUUAUCAGGACCCAGAGCGAGGUGGACUAUAUGUACCGUUCGCAGGAGGCUCGGCUAUUCAUUGCAUCCCUUUUCUACUCCGGUGCAUUUCUGAGUGCGCUGUCGCUGGCUGGGUCUCCCCAGCUGAAAGAUGAUCCGUACAAGUGGGGUCCACGGGUCUCAUUGCAAGAGCCUGUGUAUGCGCCGUAUCCGAUACGGCAGGGAUAGACUACUUGUUCGUUGCAUUUGAUGGCCAUGUCAAUCAUGGGAUAAGUUGUAGACAUGUAUAUGGGAUAACACUGUGCUACUGCGAUACUAAUACAUUAAUAUCUAUUCCGACAGAUCAAACCCAUCAAUCAACAUCGAUCAAGGAUCAUAUAGAACUCCGAACUGAUUCCUUUGAUGUCUCUAUAUUGUGCAAAGAAGGGCGAUGCUGCAAUGAUCCUCCCACCAUUUAAUCCACGUCAU